AUGACAAAGCAAGGUGGAAAAGGUUUGGUGGCUGAGACUCGUUCAACAGGUGUAAAGUUUGAGCCACCUGAGACGCACGACAUGGUACGCUCGCUGUUCGAUCCUACGGUGAAGAAAUCGUUUCUUGAGAUUUGCAUUACCUUGGCAUUAAUGUCAAACUUUGCCUUUUGUUACUGGCUUCUGAAGACAUUUAAUGCACAAAUGGCAACGAAAGUGUUUUUCUUCCAAUAUUUUUUUUGGAGACUUUGCUACAAUGUAGGCAUUGGUAUUGUGCUACACUAUCAAUCUAAAAGUGAAUUCCUGACAAGGUAUGCCAGGAACAACUCAUUGUUUGUGAAAAAAUCGAAAUCGAAACUUGCAAGAUUUUGCCAGUUUGAACUGUCCAGCAAGAUGCCAAAGAGUUAUGAUAUGUACUCUUAUCCGGAAGAGCUGAAUAUUUGGUUACUAUUCCGUCAAUUCGUUGAUUUGAUAUUGAUGCAAGAUUUCUGUACGUAUGUCAUCUUUGUCUAUCUUUCAUUUCCGGAGAGCUGGGCUAGUAUGGUAAAUUGGAGAACUGGACUGGGAUUUUCUAUGAUCCUGUUCAACAUAUGGGUGAAAAUUGAUGCGCACCGUGUUGUCAAAGAUUAUGCCUGGUACUGGGGCGACUUUUUCUUUCUACAAGAAUCUGAACUGGUGUUCGAUGGUGUGUUCAAUAUAUCUCCCCAUCCAAUGUACUCCAUUGGUUAUUUAGGCUACUACGGUCUUUCCAUGAUUUGUGGUGACUAUCGUGUACUUUUGGUUAGUCUUUGUGGCCAUUAUUUGCAAUUUCUGUUUUUGAAGUAUGUGGAAUCGCCACACAUAGAAAAGAUUUAUGGUGAUGAUUCUAACGGUGGAUUGGAGUCCAAUAGUCGUAUUGAUGAUUUAAUUGCUUCAAGAAACUACGAUUAUUCAAGGCCCUUGAUAAAUACGGGUUUUACAUUUCAGAAUUUUGAUAAGUUGAGAUUCACGGAUUAUUUCACCUUGUCAACAAUUGUCGCAUUAAUUUCAUGGAUGUUGUUGACCAAGCCCAGCUCCGACGUUUUAUUCUAUUUAACUUUCACUGCCAAACUACUCACAUCCAUUGGUGUAUUAGUGGUGCUCUUCAAACAAUCAAAGACGAAAUGGUUUACAAGGCUAUACUUGAAAAAUGGUCACACACAGGUUUACUCCUAUCAACAAUGGCAAUUUGUUUAUAACUUCUCUUUGGCAAUUACUUAUACUCUAUUGGGUUGCGAGACGUAUGCAAAGGUGAGUGAACGCUUGCCUGCCUUGGAAAGAAACCAAUUCAUUUAUGGUUUGAUUCUUUGUGCAUUACAAGGUUGGUGCAACUCUGAAAUAAGAUCUGCAAUCUCCGAUUUUGGUUGGUUUUACGGUGAUUUUUUCUUGAAUAAUUACAUUACAAAGAAGAAUAUAACAUCACAUGGUAUCUAUAGAUAUUUGAAUAAUCCUGAAGCUAUAUUAGGUGUCGCCGGUAUUUGGGGUACUGUUUUGAUGACGAAUUUCUCUUGGCAGAACGUUGUAUUGGCCUCCCUAUGGACACUUACGAAUUUCAUCCUUGUGAAGUUUAUUGAACAGCCACAUAUGGCUAAAAUCUAUGGUGAAAAGAAUAGAGUUGGAGGUAUAGAGAAAACGCUCUUGACAUCUAAGACAUGGCGAAGAAUGUCAGAAAUGGUAGAAAAAGUGGAACAUAUUGUUAUUAAAUCACUUCUAAGUCAAACACCAACCUACGAAGAAGUUGCAAUUAGCAAUCAUUCUAGCGAACGAUCGGACAGUACAGCUAAUAAUGAAAUGGAAGAAUUAGAAAGUGCCGUUGAGGACGCUAUUGAUGUAGUUGCAGCGAAGCUGUCCCCCAACUGCAAGUUUGAAAUUGAAGAGUAUGAUAAGCAUUCAAAUUUUAUUCUACCAGAGCCUAUCACAAUUACCUGGGAACUACCUAAAUCCUUAUACAACCAAAAAGACUGGAUUGGAUUGUAUAGUGUUUUGAAGACUGGAUGUGAUCGUUCAAAGACCAGAACGAGCUCUUUAGGGCAUUGGAGUGCAACUUCUCCCACUGCCUAUCCAAACGAUAUAUCUAAAGCAAAAUCGAUUAUUGAAUAUGAGCAGAAGGAUAAAGUUGUUAGAGGGAAGGUUACUUUUGACGCUUCCUUGCUGUACUUUGAAUCAGGCAUUUAUGAGUUCAGAUAUCAUUGUUCGAGCUCUCAUAAAGUGUUACUAGUUUCAAGGCCCCUCCAGCUGGAACUACCAAGAUUUGAUGUCACAACUUCAGAAAAGCUGACAAAAGACUUCGUACGUUUUUUGACCAGUAUCAAUUCUUUUGAAGGUGGAAGAGCUAACUUGAACGGAAACAAAUACUUCGGCCUGAAAACUUUUAGGCAAUUUAUUAAAGAAUCGGUUGAUGUUGAACUCUCGUCAGAUUAUAUAAAGCGAGUCAAUGGUGACGCCGAAGCCAUCGCACAGAGAAUUUGCCAUAUCAAAAAAGUCUUAGAUAGCUUAGAAUAA